UCCUGCGCUUUCACAAGGCUUGAAAGACUACUGCAAAGGCUUUCACAGCAACUGCUACUCUCGCUAAUUUGCUUUGGUUAUUCGAGAGUUUGAAUUUUGCUGAAAACAUGUUUGUGGCGGAGGCGGCUGUGUCUUCCAUCUUUAAUGUGGUGCUUGAGAAGUUGGUGGCUGCCCCUUUGUUGGACUAUGCACGCAGUCAGAAUGUUGAGGCCACUCUCCAAAAAUGGAAGAGGAUUUUGUUACAUAUUGAAGCUGUGCUGACUGAUGCUGAGCAGAAGCAGAUAAGGGACAGAGCUGUUAAGCUUUGGUUGGAUGAUCUCAAAUCUUUGGCUUACGACAUGGAAGAUGUUCUGGACGAGUUCAACACUGAAGCUAAUCGGCAGAUCCUGAUACAUGGACCCCAAGCUAGCACCAGUCAGGUACACAAGCUCAUCCCAACUUGUUUUGCUGCUUGUCAUCCUACAUCCGUCAUAUUUAAUGCAAAGGUUGGUGGAAAGAUAAAGAAAAUUACAAGGGAGUUGGAUGCUGUUGCAAAACGAAAGCAUGACUUUCAUUUAAGGGAGGGUGUUGGAGGGUUGUCGUUUGAGAUGGAAGAAAGGUUACAAACCACUUCCUUGGUAGAUGAGUCUAGCAUUUAUGGUAGGGAUGCUAAGAAGGAGGCUAUCAUUCAAUUUCUCUUAUCCGAGAAAGCCUCCAGGGAUAAUGGUGAUAAUGGAGUUUCUGUAGUUCCCAUCGUAGGUAUGGGUGGGGUUGGUAAAACAACCCUGGCUCAAAUUAUCUACAAUGAUAAGAGGGUGGAGAGCCACUUUGAUACCAGGAUUUGGGUUUGUGUAUCGGAUCGAUUUGAUGUGACAGGGAUAACCAAAGCAAUUCUAGAGUCCGUCACUCAUAGUUCAACUGAUUCUAAGAACUUAGAAUCAUUACAAAAUAGCCUGAAGAAUGGAUUGAAUGGGAAAAGAUUCUUCCUCGUUCUAGAUGAUGUGUGGAACGAGAAGCCCCAAAACUGGGAUGCCUUAAAGGCUCCUUUUAGGGCUGGUGCACAAGGCAGUAUGAUCGUAGUAACAACUCGUAAUGAAGAUGUUGCAUCGAUUAUGCGCACUACUGCCUCUUCUCAUCACCUUGAUGUGCUAUCCUAUGAAGAGUGUCGGCUAUUAUUUGCAAAACACGCCUUUGCACAUAUGAAUACAAACAUCCGCCAAAAGUUGGAACCAAUUGGUGAGAAGAUAGUAAGAAAAUGCAGAGGCUUGCCUUUGGCUGCAAAGUCGCUUGGAAGUCUAUUACACACUAAACAAGAUGAAAAUGCUUGGAAUGAAGUACUGAAUAAUGACAUAUGGGAUUUUCCAAUUGAACAAAGUGACAUUCUUCCAGCUUUAUACUUGAGUUACCAUUAUCUUCCACCAAAUUUGAAACGAUGUUUUGCAUAUUGCUCCAUAUUCCCCAAGGACUAUAAAUUUGAAAAAAGGAAAUUAGUGUUGUUAUGGAUGGCAGAAGGCUUAUUAGGUGGCUCUAACGGGGAGAAAAUUAUAGAAGAUUUUGGUAACACAUGCUUUGAAAAUUUACUUUCAAGAUCUUUUUUCCAACGAUCCAUUGAUGAUGAAUCACUAUUUAUGAUGCAUGAUUUAAUUCAUGAUUUAGCACAAUUUGUAUCGGGGAAAUUUUGUUCUUGGUUGGAUGAUGGAAAGAAAAAUCAAAUUUCUAAGCAGACCAGACAUUCUUCUUAUAUUAUUGCAAAGGAAUUUGAACUCUCCAUGAAAUUUAAUCCAUUUUAUGAAGCUCAUAAUUUGCGGACCUUUCUUCCUGUACAUACAGGUCAUCAAUCUCGUCGUAUCUUUUUAAGCAAGAAGAUCUCAAAUCUUUUAUUGCCAACACUGAAAUGCUUACGGGUUCUCUCUUUAGCUCAUUAUCAUAUUGUGGAGUUGCCUCACUCAAUUGGAACUUUGAAACACCUACGCUACUUAGAUCUUUCUCGUACUUCAAUUAGAAGGCUCCCUGAAUCAAUAACCAACCUUUUCAACUUGCAGACAUUGAUGUUGUCAAAUUGUCAUUCUCUUACUCAUUUGCCCACAAAAAUGGGGAAACUAAUCAACUUGCGUCAUCUUGAUAUUAGUGACACUAGCUUAAAGGAGAUGCCAAUGGGAAUGGAAGGGUUGAAACGUCUUCGAACAUUGACUGCUUUUGCUGUUGGUGAGGAUAGAGGGGCAAAAAUUAAAGAGUUGAGGGACAUGUCACACCUUGGUGGCAGACUUUGCAUUUCCAAGUUGCGGAAUGUGGUGGAUGCUAUGGAUGUCUUCGAGGCUAAUUUGAAAGGCAAGGAGCGUCUUGAUGAGUUAGUAAUGCAGUGGGAUGGCGAUGCUACUGCUCGUGAUUUGCAGAAGGAAACAACUGUGCUUGAAAAGCUACAACCUCAUAACAAUUUGAAAGAGCUGACCAUCGAGCACUAUUGUGGUGAAAAAUUUCCUAACUGGUUAGGCGAACAUUCAUUUACUAAUAUGGUGUCCAUGCAACUCCACGAUUGUAAAAAUUGCUCAUCCUUGCCAUCGCUAGGGCAACUUGGAUCUCUCAAGGAGCUCUCUAUUAUGAGGAUUGAUGGAGUGCAGAAGGUGGGACAAGAGUUCUAUGGGAAUAUUGGGUCUUCUUCGUUUAAGCCAUUUGAAGCCCUAGAGAUUCUGAGGUUUGAAAAGAUGUUAGAGUGGGAGGAAUGGGUUUGUCGUGAAAUUGAAUUCCCUUGUUUGAAGGAGCUUUAUAUCAAGAUAUGUCCAAAGCUGAAAAAGGAUUUACCCAAACACCUUCCUAAAUUAACAAAACUUGAGAUUAGAGAAUGCAAGCAGCUGGUGUGCUGUCUUCCAAUGGCUCCCUCCAUUCGUGAAUUGAUGUUGGUGGAAUGUGAUGAUGUGGUCGUUAGGAGUGCGGGCAGUCUCACCUCAUUGGCUUCCUUGGAUAUACGCAAUGUUUGUAAAAUACCAGAUGAAUUAGGACAACUGAAUUCUCUUGUAAAGUUGUCUGUGUAUCGUUGUCCCGAGCUAAAGGAAAUGCCACCCAUUCUUCACAACUUGACAUCUCUUAAACACUUGGAUAUCCGGUUCUGUGACAGUCUUUUGUCUUGUUCGGAGAUGGGGCUACCACCAAUGCUUGAAAGGCUUCAAAUUGUUCACUGUCCCAUUCUGAAGUCCCUAUCAGAGGGAAUGAUACAAAAUAAUACUACUCUCCAACAAUUGUACAUCUCGUGCUGUAAAAAAUUGGAGUUAUCAUUGCCUGAGGAUAUGACGCACAACCACUACGCUUUCCUUACUCAAUUAAAUAUAUUUGAAAUUUGUGAUUCUCUCACGUCCUUUCCUUUAGCUUUCUUCACAAAGCUUGAGUAUCUUCAUAUCACAAAUUGUGGAAAUCUGGAGUCCCUUUACAUUCCAGAUGGACUUCACCACGUGGAACUCACAUCUCUCCAGUCAUUGGAAAUAUCUAAUUGCCCUAAUCUGGUAUCUUUUCCACGAGGAGGAUUGCCCACUCCCAAUUUAAGAAGGCUUUCGAUAGAGAGUUGCAAGAAGCUCAAGUCACUGCCCCAAGGGAUGCACGCCCUCCUUACAUCCCUUGAAUAUUUGCAUAUAUCUAGUUGUCCAGAAAUUGAUUCAUUUCCAGAAGGAGGUUUGCCCACUAAUUUAUCUGACCUUCACAUCGGGAAUUGCAACAAACUCUUGGCUUGUCGGAUGGAGUGGGGCUUGCAAACGCUACCCUUUCUUAGAACGUUGGAGAUUGAAGGAUAUGAGAAAGAAAGAUUUCCCGAGGAGCGAUUUCUGCCCUCCACUCUCACCUUCCUUCAAAUUAGGGGUUUUCCAAAUCUGAAAUCCCUGGACAAUAAGGGGCUUCAGCACCUCACCUCUCUUGAAACCCUGGAGAUUUGGAAAUGUGGAAAGCUCAAGUCCUUCCCAAAACAAGGGCUGCCCUCCUCCCUUUCUCGUCUUUAUAUUAGAAGGUGUCCUCUGCUGAAGAAACGGUGCCAAAGGGAUGAAGGGAAAGAAUGGCCCAACAUUUCUCACAUCCCCUGCAUAGUGUUCGACAGAUACGAUAAGAAAAAUAAGGAGGUGAUCUUAUCAUGAGGCCCUUCCAUUGAAGCUCUUGCUCUCCUCUGCAUUUAUUGGCCCAGGAAUUGCAACAAACUCGUGGCCAAUCGGAUGGAGUGGGGCUUGCAAACGCUUCCCUUUCUUAGAACGUUGGGGAUUGAGGGAUGUGAGAAAGAAAGAUUUCCCGAGGAGCGAUUUCUGUCCUCCACUCUCACCUCCCUUGAAAUUAGGGGUUUUCCAAAUCUGAAAUUCCUGGACAAUAAGGGGCUUCAGCACCUCGCCUUUCUUGAAACUCUGGAGAUUUGGAAAUGUGGAAACCUCAAGUCCUUCCCAAAACAGGGGCUGCCCUCCUCCCUUUCUCGUCUUGAUAUUGAUGACUGUCCUCUACUGAGGAAACGAUGCCAAAGGGAUAAAGGGAAAGAAUGGCCCAAGAUUUCUCACAUCCCCUGCAUAACAUACGAUUGGGAAGAUGAGGUGAUUUUAUCAUGAAGGCCUUCGAUCCAAGCUCUUGCUCUUCUCUGCGUUUAUUAGCCCAGGAGUAUCUACUAUCAUCUUAUUGAUGGAGGAAGGUUGUCCACCAGAAUUGUCAAUUUACUUGAUUCACUACUUGGUUUUUGCAAGCACAUCAAAAUGUAGGGAACAAAUGGAAAAAUCAACAUGGUAAAGCCCAUGCAGACAAAUCAUUCCUUCCCAGACAUUACGAUUUAGAUUCUUCUGAUAUGUCAAAGGAUUUAACAAAUGUAUUCAUAGAUUCUAAUUAGGUAUGCUUCUAAAGCAUCCGACUAAUAUCAUUGGUAGAGAAAGAUUGUGCGCUUUUUGAUAUCUACAUGUAUGAUGCCACAAAGGGAGCAAAAUUUUGCUAGCCGAUGAAGGACAUGUGGGCAUAUCAUCCAUAAGAGAAUGUUUUGAAAAAGUUCAGAUAGAAUGGAGUGUUUUGGAAAAUGUAUUAGCAGCUGCAAGGUACCUUGCCCUCAAUUAGGGGCCACACCUGAAUGUGGAUUCAAAUGCUCUGAAUCUCAUAAUGUGAGGACAACAUCUAGUUUGUUGUUGUUCUUGUCAAGAGAUUGUUUUUCACUGCUCAAGAUUUCAAUCUUAGGCAUUUCUGAUCAUUGCUACCAGUCCAGAAUCCUGAAGGCAAUGUCAUUGCAUUGAUUCCAUGAUCUUGCUCCAAACAAAAGUUUAGUACUCUGCUUAAGGAUUGCCAUUGCGGCUGCUCCAUUCCUUGAAAGCUGUUUAAACAUGUCUCCCACUUCAUGUUAUUCUGCUUCUGCAUCGAGCAUCAUUGAAGCAUUUUAAAAAGGGUACUGUACUUGUACCUGCAUAACUGCCACAGGAGGGAUAUUUGAAGGAGACACCAUUGGAGCAUGUCAAGGUGCAUUCUACUGAUGUCAACCAUAAAUGACAAGUCCUAAACAUUGGGAAUUUCAAUGCAAUAAAAAGGAUGGAUAUUCUGAUCAAGAUUUGCUGGUUAGACUAUAAUGUGGAAUCAUGAGGACAUGGAAUUAAAUAGAGACAAUAAGCAAUUAAUCCACUUUCCCAUUCUUCUCUCUUCAAUAGGUCUUGGACAUGCCAUUCUGUAUAGGAAGAGCUUAAUCAGCAUAUGAAAAAGGUACUUGAACCAAAGUAGCAGCCAUUGCAAAGACAUUUGAUGGAGGCUUCAUUGGAGCAUGUCAGGAUGGUUAAUGAGCCUUUCUCAAGUCAACAUUAAAUGGUAGGUUCUAAACUUUGGAAUUUCAACACAAUAAAAAGGUACGCAAAUUAGAUAGUUUUUGUGCCUACAGCAGAUGCACUUUCACACUAGCACCUUAGUUUUAGAGUUUUUGUGAAAUUUGUGGAUGUAUUUACAACUGCUUGCUCUUAGGAUGUUGACCAACAAGAUUGCUUGUGGGAAGGUGACGUGGAAUCACAAAUAAGUGAAAUGAUAUGGAUGGGAUAUGCAAUUGAUACCCGUCCCUAUUCUGCUCACUUGAAUGUGACUCAAGUACAUCAUUAUGCAUGUCUUUGGCUAACAGUAUUCAGACAGAUUUCUGCCACCUUCAACUACGGUCUUCUGUCACCAUAGAACCAUGUGUUGAUGUUCAUCCUAGUAACUUAAUUCUCAUGCCCUAACUUGAAGAAAUGGUAGACAACCAAGUUUGAGAAAUGAGGAAAAAUUACAAGAAAAGCUAUUAAAUUUGGAAAAGCAGAGAAUUGUUGUUUGAAGUUGACUGAAAUGUGCAAGGAUUUGUCAUUGAUGUAGGUUGUAAAUAUGGCUCUGUAUUCGGAUGCUUGUUCAUAUGAUGUAUGGAUCACGCAGUGAGUGGAGAAUUGGUUGCAAAUUUGGUGCAGAAUCACAAGCACUCAGACUAACUGAAUGACUAGGCAUCAGAACAAGCUAUUCAGUUUUUUUUUUUUCUCCAUUGAAUAGAUGGGAUUAAAACAUGGGCAAUUGUGGAAAGGAAGGAACCGUCUUCUUCAUUAUUGAUUCAUAUAUCAACUAAAAUGGCAGCAUUUGCAGUUGUUGGAAACCUCCAUGGCAACAGUUCUUAGGUCUUUCAAUUUUGAAUACAUGAAACAUUUUUCCCAAUAUAUGUUGUUCCUUCUAUUUCCCCCUAGGAGUGUUUUAUGAUGAGAUAUUAUGAAGUUGUACUAUUUCUAUAAUUCAGCAUGAUAGGGGGCUAUUCAAUAUCUUCUA